AUGGAGGCCGCAUCAGCUCGAGCUGCCACCCGGGAUCGCUGGGGCGAGAUGGGACAUCCGACGCCAUCGCAGCUCCAGCGCUUCAUCCAGGCCGCUUGUAGUCCCGAGAAUUACGAGCCGAAUCUUGCCCUGAACCUGGAGAUUUCCGAUUUAAUCAAUUCCAAGAAAGGCACCGCCCCGCGCGAGGCUGCUGUCGCCAUCGUUAGCUACAUCAACCACCGCAAUCCCAACGUGGCCCUUUUGGCUCUCAACCUACUCGACAUCUGCGUCAAGAACUGCGGCUAUCCUUUCCACUUGCAGAUCAGCACCAAGGAAUUUCUAAAUGAGCUUGUCAGAAGGUUCCCCGAGCGACCGCCGAUACGGGCGACGAGGGUGCAGAUGAAGAUCCUGGAGGCCAUAGAGGAGUGGAGGAGUACGAUAUGCGAGACAAGCAGAUACAAGGAAGACCUGGGUUUUAUCAGAGACAUGCAUCGUCUCUUGAGCUAUAAGGGGUAUACUUUCCCUGAAGUCAGGCGCGACGACGCUGCGGUGUUGAACCCCAGCGAUAACCUAAAAUCCGCUGAGGAAAUGGAGGAAGAGGAACGCGAGGCGCAAUCAGCCAAGCUACAGGAGCUUAUUCGACGAGGCACACCUGAGGACUUGCAGGAAGCUAACAGGCUGAUGAAAAUCAUGGCUGGCUUUGACACUCGCUCCAAGACCGACUACCGCGCUAAAGCCGCCCAAGAAGUCUCAAAGAUCCAGGCCAAGGCACGUCUUCUGGAAGAGAGACUUGAGGCUUUCCAACAAGGGGACACGAUGAAGGAUGGAGAUGUCUUCUCAGAGCUCGCCGCCGCUCUUCAGAGUGCACAGCCUAAGAUCCAGAAGAUGUGCGAGGAAGAAUCAGACGAUCAUGAAGCCGUUGCAAAGCUGUUGGAGAUCAACGACAGCAUACACCGAACUGUCGAGCGUUAUAAGCUUAUGAAGAAGGGCGACCUGGAAGCAGCGAAGAAGGUGGCUAGUGGCGCACCGCUACCAUCAACUUCGAACACUUCCUCCUCCAAGAGCGCAGCACAAGAGCUGUCAUUGAUUGACUUUGACGGUGAAGUGGAUGCUACGAAUGGUUCUGCCUCGGCGCAACCAGCCUCACAGUCUACUAGCAUUGAGAAUGACCUGCUCGGGCUGUCUAUGGAGGACUCUACCAGCUACGGCCAAGGGGGGGCGUUAACGCUUGGUUUUGGAGCGAAUACGAGCGUCCCAGGUCCUGCUUUACUCUCCUCCAUGACGGAGAACAACAGCGCAAAAGGCCCGAUGAGCAACUCUACGACGCCUCAGCCACCAUCCUUUUCUCAGUUUGCUUCCUUUACGUCCCCUUCUGCAUCCCAGACUGGCACACCUCAACCGUCUGUAAUGUCUGCAUUCAAGCCGCCUCAGCAAGCCACGGCCCCAUCAGCUGAUCCUUUUGCUGCUCUCGGAUCCCCUGCCUUUUCUUCCAAACCUUCAACUCCAGCCCCUCAGCCGGCUUCGACCAUGCCGGCUGCGAAUGAUGAUGAUGAAUGGUCAUUCUCAUCGGCACUGCCCCCUGACCAACCCAGUCUCCCCAAGGAACAUAGGGCAACUGUCAGCGAGUCGACUGUGAAGAUCGAGAUGAUGGCUGGAAGAACUGGAGCUGGUAACUCCCUUAAUUUUAGCUUUGCCUUUUCCAACAACUCUGCUCAACCUGUGACCGAGCUUCACUUCCAGCUCGCUGCUACAAAGGGCUACGAUCUUCAGCUUAAGCCCCAGACCGGGCGUGCCUUAGAACCUAAGCAGAGCAGAGGUGUGACUCAAGCUGCAGAGGUGUGGCAUGCCGGAGACAAGAACCGCAAGGUGCAGUCCAUCAAGCUGCGGUGGAGAGUAUCGUACAAAGUAGGAGCGGAACAGAAGAAUGAGAUGGGCGAGAUCCAAGAGUUCAGUAUCGCAUGA